AUGAGCGGACCCUCAAGCCCCCGGCCUGCGCGGCCCAUGAGCAUUAAAGAGAUUACGGAUGCUGCGGAGGACUUCGAGUUUAGGACGACCAUUCCCUUCAAAUACUGGGCACGAUCUGCCGACACCUUAUUCCAAGAGGCGACCUUUGCGCUACACGAUCGCGACAUACGAAAAGCAUAUCAGAUGCUAUGGCGACACUCGGUUCUCGUCCUGAGUCACCUCAAGACACAUCCAGAUGCAAAACUCCCCGAGAAUAGGGCUCUCACGAAGCCGCUCUUCAAGCGGCAGCAGGAAGAGGUCUUCGGUCUUUUGGAAAGUCUCAAGCCGCAAAUUGACCGCGACUACAACGAGUGGCAGUUGAUGAAUGCGUCAAAGAAGAAGGCCGACGCCGAACCAGAGAAGAGACCCUCGAGUUAUGACGAAUUCGCAGCCCGCGAUCCGACACUGAGUGGCAAUGCGAAGAUACUCGACGCCGCCGAUCACCAAGAAUUAGCUGUGUCCCUGGCACAGCGAGACUUUAAGCGAAGAGAUGCUGCAAGGAGGGCAACGAGGCAGGCUGGUGUCAGCGAGGAAGAAGAGAUGGAACGCAGAAAAGGCGGCCGCUGGGAAGACUGGGAGCAGUUUGGAAACCCUGCGAAUGAAGAGGAUGAGAUUCGGAGACAAAUCGAAGCUACGAGGAGGCGCCUCGAUGGUACCGAUGGAGGGUAUGAAGAAACUGAUUUCAGAAGCACAACACGACCUGUGCCGCCGCCGAGACCACCGCCGCCAAGCUAUUCAUACAACUACCCUGCUAUCUCGAGGCCACGGGCUGUGGAAUGGGAGGCUACACCGCUGGAGCCGCAGCGCAUGUACAGUCCGCAACUGCCUCAACCACCGCGUCCGCCGAAGGAAGACUCUACAACACUACGCCAAGAGCUUGAUGCAGCGCCGCCGAUGCGACCGGGCAAAGAGCCCUUGCCUUCGUACAUGACACCGUUGUCCCCGUCAUCAGUGUCUAGAGACGUUCCCGAACUCCCCGCAAAGGAAGAGAUUGCGCCGGCCCCAGCUGUAAAGGAACGCCUUACUUUCCGCCCCGCAGCAUAUCUCGAAAAUGGCGACCCUAUUCGACCCGUAUUCCUUCCAAGCCAGCUCAGGCAAGCGUUUCUGGAUAUCGCGGCCGAUAACACGCGCAAGGGCCUCGAGAUGUGCGGAAUCUUGUGUGGCAGGCCGGUUAAUAACGCGCUUUUCAUAAGUUGCCUUGUGAUUCCCGAACAGAAGUGCACCCCUGAUACUUGCGAAACGGAGAAUGAGUCCGUGAUGCUCGAUUAUUGUAUCAAUGAGGACCUGUUGGUGGUUGGUUGGAUCCACACCCAUCCCACGCAGACCUGCUUCAUGAGUUCGCGAGACCUGCACACGCAGGCUGGGUACCAGGUCAUGAUGCCGGAGAGCAUUGCAAUUGUCUGCUCUCCGAGACACAACCCAUCAUACGGCAUUUUCCGCCUUACAAACCCGCCGGGACUGACUCACAUCCUCCAAUGCACCAAAUCCGAGACCUUCCACCAGCACUCCAUCGACAACCUCUACACUGGGGCAAGGAAUCCGCCCGGUCAUGUAUACCACUCCGAUAAACUUGACUUUUACGUCAAGGACCUGCGGCCCAACCGGUAG